CGCCUGAAAGAAUCAAAUUACAGUUAUAACUCCUGCUCCUAAUCUUUCUCUCAUCCUUUUUACAGACGCAUUUUUCCACCUUUAAAAUUUAUCCAAUUCACUUUAUUCUACAAAGGAUUCUGCAAACAACAAUUUAGAGGGGAGAAAAGAUGAAGUCAAUGAAAGGAAAGCUGCUCAAGAAAUUGAAGACCAUUAAAACAAUUGGUUACCCGAAGCCAGAUAGGAUCCUUCAGGUCAGUGCAGCAGAUGGGUACGUUCCUGAUUCACCUCCCAAUUCAGCUAUCAAAGCUCAGAAUCAGUCUGUGCUGCUUCAAGAAGAGACCAAGAAGAUUAUUCAGAGAACUGUUCGAGAUCAAGAACCUGAGAUUAUUGAUGUUUCGGAUCUAAUGAAAGAUCUUGAGGAUCACGAGAUGGAGAUUGAUGACGACGACAUCAAUGAUAAAGAGAACAUUAGGCCUCAAUCAAGCGCAAAAAAUCCAUUCUUUAACACGGAGAACCUGGAGAGCUUGAGCCCUUUAAAGCAAAAGAACGACUCUUCGGUGCGGAAAGAGUUGAGGGGUGAAGAUACAAAAGCUGCGCCCCUAGCUGAGAUCAAUGGGUCUAAUUUCAGGAGGCCGAAUUUGGAUUCUGGAACCCUCUUUGAUCCCAAUCUUCUUGAAGCAUUUGAGCAAGCAGUCAUGGAAGUUAAAGCACAAGAAGCAGAGAGAAGGGCUAAAAUAGAGGAAAAAAUUUGGCAAGGUAUCGAGGAAGAACCGCCUCUAAAAGCUCGAAAAAUUGAGGAAACUGCUGAUCCUUUAUUAAAUUUUGAAGAGAAGUGUCCACCAGGUGGUUCUGAUUCGGUGAUUCUGUACACGACAGGGCUUAGAGGGAUUCGAAAGACGUUUGAAGACUGUCACACUAUUCGAUUUUUGUUGGAAAAUUUCCGAAUUUUGUUCUUUGAGAGGGAUACAUCAAUGCAUUCAGAGUUUAGGGAAGAGUUAUGGCAGAUAUUUGGUGGAAAAGUGGUGCCUCCCAGGCUGUUUAUUAAGGGGAGGUACGUUGGUGGAGCAGAGGAGGUUUUGGGACUGCAUGAACAGGGAAGGCUUAGGCCAUUGCUCGAAGGAAUUCCUAUUGACUCCUCUAACGGGCACUGCGAAGGAUGUGCUGGUGUAAGGUUUAUCAUGUGUUUCAACUGCAACGGAAGCCAGAAAAUCACACCGGAAGAUGGGGGUGGUGAGUCCAUCAACUGUCCACAAUGUAAUGAGAACGGAUUGCUCAUAUGCCCCAUGUGUUGUUGAAUUAUUGCAUGGUCUUAUUCUUUGAUUGGCUUUGGACUUCUUAGUGCAAGUCGGAAGUUAAAAGAUGGGGGUCCUCUGGUUCAUGUAAACUGUAAGGGAUCAGAAGUGAAUCCACUUUCAUUAUAUGCAAAGAGAAGAAAUAAAGUGCCAUCCUUGCUUUGAGGUG